AUGGCUGCAUACAAGUUCUUGAAAAGAAAAGCCACCGGCACCGUCGAUCAAAUCAGCCACGAUUUCUCCGAUUUCUCUCUUUCUUCUCCAGCCACCAAAAUCCGUCGCCUAGAUGCAGGAUUGACUCCGAUUGUCGAAGAAGAAGAAAACGAACCUUUAUCUCUUCCUAACCACGAGAGAGCUAUUGUACUCUUCAAACCAUCUCUUCAUUCUUCUCCCUCUUUCUCUCUCACUCUCAAUUCCGAUCUUAUCUCUGAAAUUAAGAAUAAUCAAGUUUCGUGGUCAAAACAAUGUGAUGAUUAUUAUGAUAACCUAAUUGAACAAAACGACAAUGAUGAUCGUCGUUUAGCUAUUGUGCCUUGGGUACCACAAUCUUCCUCCGGUUCUUCUUCCCAUGUUUUUGAUGAUGAUGAUAACAACAACAAUAGAAAUACUAUAGAGUUGAUGGAAGCUGAUGAAAUGGGAGAAGAACAAGAUGAUGAAGAUGAAGGAGCCAUGAUGGAUGUAGAAGAAGAACAAGACAAGAAGAAUGCUUCAAGUUUUAACUAUCCAACAAUCGUUGAGGGGUUUCAGCAACACUGUUUGUUACCUCAGAUUAUUCCUCAAAACACUUCAACUCCUAUUACUUGGACUCGUUGA